GACUUGUUUUAUGCGUGUAGGACGUGUGUGUCUGUUGACGAAUGGUAUGUGCAUCCAUAUCUUCACUUUAUUUAUUGUAUUCCUCCUUGAUUCCCCAUAUCUGAUCUUCCCCUCACGCCCCGCAUUUUCCACCCCACAUGAUAAAAAAAAAUCUUUCCCUCAACAUCCGCCGCUCCCACAACGCGCUCACCAAAUCCCGCUAUUAUACCACCAUCCCCAUCCCCAUCGCUCCUCUCCAGAAUGUCCGCUCCACCUCCCCCAACCGGCGAAACAAUCGUCUACCUAGACUCCAACUACCAUCCCCUCCCCGCCGACUUCUUCCCCGCCCCCCAUACCUACACCCCCUACCCCCACACCCCCCUCCCCCUCAUCGCCCCGCGCAUCCUCCCCGCCACCAUCCUGCUCACCUCCCUCUGUCCGCUCACCCGCGAAACCCUCUCCCUGCUCCCCCCCUCCCAACUAAAACUCAUCAUCAUCACCUCCGUCGGUACAAACCACGUCGAUCUCGCCUACUGCGCCGAAAACAACAUCCAAGUCUCUAACAUGCCGGAUACGAAUACGGAGACCGUCGCCGAACAUGCGCUGGCGCUUUAUUUUGCGGUCAAGCGUGAUGUGGUUAGUUUGCAUGAGUGGACUAUGAGGGGGAAACAGUGGGCGAAAGAGGGAACGGGUAUUUUGGGUAUGAAUACUUGGGAGGGUGGGGGAGCGAGGGGUUGUAAGAGUGAGGUUGUGGGGGUUGUUGGUGGUGGGAAGAUUGGAAUCGCAAUAUCCAAUCUCUGCCAAGCCCUCGGGAUGAAAGUGCUCAUCUCAGAGCGCAAAUCCAUUCCCCAAGCUCAAGCACGCACAGGACGAACCGCCUUUUCCGAAAUCCUCACUCAAUGCACCACCAUUAUUCUCUCCUGUCCGCUCUCAUCCGAGACCAAAAAUCUCAUCUCCGCAGCUGAAUUAUCGCUCAUGCGUCGCGAUGCGAUUCUUGUGAAUGUGGCGCGGGGCGGAGUGGUAAAUGAGGCGGAUUUGGCGAGAGCCUUGGAUGCUGGAGAGAUUUUGGGGGCGGCGACGGAUGUUUUUGAGAGGGAACCGGUGGAGAAGGGGGAGAGUCCGUUGGUGAGGGCAGAGGGCGAGGAGAGAGUCAGGAAUCUGAUUGUUAGUCCUCAUGUGGCUUGGUUUGGGAGGGAUAGUCAGGAGAAAUGUGUUCGGGCUAUUGCUGAGAUAUUCGAGGGGUAUUUGAAGGGGGAGAAGAUCAAUUUUGUGGUUUGAGAAAUUAGAGAAGAUGUUGACGCUAUGAGUUUGGGAAUUAGUGCUGAACAUAGCGAGAUGUGCCAUUGAACUCUCAAUAUUGGAAAGUUAACUCGAGUAGAUGAAGAGGCUUUUAUAUCCAUAGACUUUAGACUUUGUAUAGACUGAGAUAGAAUUUCUAUAAGAGCGA